AGCAGCUUCCGGCAGGAGCUGGGGAAGCACCGCCCAAAGCUGCCAGUUCACGGGGUCUCGGCUGUCAUGGAGCUCGCGAUCCUUUGCAACCCUGAACACUCUUCCCAUUCACAAAAUUGAAUAGCACGAAGUUUCGCUACUCAGUAUACCCAAACUAGUCUACAAGCUAUAGCAACAAUGUCGUCGACCUGCGAAGAUGAGGAUGAAUACUCCCUCGUAUCUGAGACCAUGACAGAUACUGGAGGAGCGCCUUCCGAGGAGAGAGAUGAGAAGAAGGAGGUCUACAAGAUGUCUGCCAAGGACACGAGGCGUGUUCGGCUAUGGCGCUUUGUGGUGACUGCGGCUUUGUUGAUCACAGCCCUCGUUGUGACCUUGACUACCUACCGUUUCCUCAAGAAUGAAGAGACAAGCAACUUUGAAGUUGCCUUUGAACAGUUCAGUCGCACGCUGGCUGAUGCCGCCCUGGAAGAGCAGACGAAUAUAUGCGCUGCCCUGAGAAGUUUGGCAUCUACCAUUUCUAGCCAAGCAGUGGCUGCCAAUGUUUCUGACAACUGGCCGAAUGUCAAGGUCAAGAUGUUUGGCCUUCAUGCUCAGCAUGCCAUGGAUCAGGCUAAAGUCGAGUUCAUGUCUUGGACCCCCCGUGUUAGUGCUGAACAGUAUGAUUCGUACAUUGAGUUUGCCACUGCCAACUACAAAGAGCUUAUUGAUGAGGGUCACAUGUUUCAGUAUGGUGACCUUAGCCACAUUUCGAAGGAUCCAAGGUUCAGUCGACCCCCUCCCUUCAUUGGUGCCAUUGGGCCUGAAGGCUUUGGCCCUGAUAAACCUCGUGAAGUCUACUGGCCAUCCCAAUUGAAUUCACCCCCGACACUUUCCUAUUCCAUGAACCACAAUAUUGGUUCACUCAGAAGUGUUGAAGCUACUGUUGGAGCCCUAGAUCACUUGCAAUAUGAGACAGUUUUUACUGGUUCCUCAAAGCGAGGUAGUACUGCUACUGAUGGCAUAUUGGGAGAAGAGGUCCAUGCCACGUACCACAGCCAGAUCAAUGGAUCAUCUGCGACCCCCCAUGGAUAUGGUCUGCAUCCAGUUCACCAAGAUCCACUCGAUCCGAACUCUAAAAUUGUGGGUAUGGUCUCCGCUGCCUUUGCAUUUGAUGCUGCUCUGCGCAACCUGAUUCCAGAUGGAGUGCAAGGCAUCAUCUGUGUCAUUACCAGCAAUAUGGCGGCAAACUUCUCCUAUGUAGUUGAUGGCCAAAAUGCUUUCUUUCUUGGCAUGGAAGAUCAUCAUGAAAGCAAGUAUGAUGACUAUGAGGUUCAUGUGGAUUUGGCUCUACACACCAACCCAGAGUACACCACCACACCAGGCCAUUCCCAGUACCAAAUGUACAUCUAUCCAAGUGACCGCUUCCGAGCUACUUAUGACUCAAACACACCUGAGAUCUUUGCCAUUGCUGUUGCUGUGACCUUUGUCCUUGUGGCCAUUGUCUUUUUUGUCUACGAUCUGGUUGUCUUCAAGAGGAAUGAAAAUUUGGUGGCCAAGGCGGCACAGAGCAAUGCCAUUGUGACAUCUCUCUUUCCCGAGCACAUGAGGGAACGCCUCAUGCAUGAAAAGGAGGAGGACCAGCUCACCAAGGACAAGGCUGGAAGGAGAAAGACUCUCAGUGGCUCCUUGACAGAUGGAACCUUUGAUGAAGAAUCUUCUCGUGUUCAAAAGCCACUAGCAGAUCUUUAUCUUGAGACGACUGUGCUCUUUGCCGAUAUUACUGGCUUCACUGCCUGGUCUUCUGUGAGGGAGCCAUCACAGGUGUUUGUGCUUUUGGAGACUAUCUUCCAUGCUUUUGAUGGUGUUGCCAAAAAGCGUCGAGUCUUCAAGGUGGAGACUGUUGGUGACUGCUAUGUAGCUGUGUCCGGGCUUCCAAAACCAAGAACCGAUCACCCUGUAGCAAUGUGCAGGUUUGCUCGUGACAUCAUUGCUAAGAUGCGAAGCUUGACCAAAGCCUUGGAGGUAUCCCUAGGGCCGGAUACCGGUGACCUUGAUCUUCGAGUGGGAGUUCACUCUGGGCCGGUCACUGCAGGAAUCCUGAGAGGAGACCGAAGCAGGUUCCAACUGUUUGGUGAUACCAUGAACGUCUGCCAGCGAGUUGAGUCCUCGGGCAAAGCUGGUCGCAUCCAUGCUUCGAAAGAAACAGCAGAGCUACUAAAGUCCAUGGGAAAGGAAUCAUGGCUUGACAUGAGGACACAUGCAGUGAAUGCUAAGGGUCUCGGUGAAAUGGUCACUUAUUGGGUCAGUGUUGCUGGUGAAAGAGCUGGCAGUGUUACUUCCCGUGGCAGCUUUGAUGACCUCCACUUUGGAACUGCAAGGAACAGUCAUACAAACUUUCUGAAACCAAUCAAGGAGUUGGAUGCACGAACGAACCGCCUGAUCAGCUGGAAUUGUGAGAUGCUGCUUGAAAUCAUGCAGCAGGUUGUUGCCAGACGCACUGUCAAGCAAGCCAUGAAGAUAUCCCAAGAAAACAAAGUAGUUCUGCCAGAGAAGGAAAACACCAACCCAAUCGAUCAAGUCAAAGAGAUCAUCCAGCUACCAGAUUUUGAUGCAGAGGCAGCAGAAAGGCAGAAGAAUCCAGAAGAUGUUGAGAUUCCUUCCCAGGUUGUCGAGGAGCUCCACCUCUUGGUUGGUGAAAUAGCUAGGUUGUACAAUGACAACCCUUUCCACAACUUUGACCAUGCUUCCCAUGUUGUCAUGAGUGUGAUCAAACUCAUGAGGCGAAUUAUGGCCCCCAGUGAUACUCAACAAGCAGAGAGUGCUGCCAAACUCCAUGACCACACAUAUGGCAUUACCAGUGAUCCACUGACCCAGUUUGCCUGUGCCUUCUCUGCCUUGAUUCAUGAUGCAGAUCAUUUGGGAGUGAGCAAUGCUCAACUGGUCAAGGAAGGCACUGACCUGGCAGUGAAAUAUAAGGAGCGAAGUGUGGCCGAACAGAACUCGCUGGAUUUGAGUUGGGAAUUGUUGAUGGAGCCUCGUUUUGAGACAUUCCGAUCCUUUGUCUUUAGCGACUCAGCUGAACUCACUCGCUUCAGGCAACUGGUGGUCAAUUCGGUGAUGAGCACUGAUAUUGUCGACAAAGACAUGAAAACUCUACGCAAUGGCAGAUGGGACAAGGCCUUCAAGAAAGGAGACAACAUCGACUUUGAGGAUGAGAGCAAGACUGAUGAAGUCAACAGGAAGGCAACGAUAGUGAUUGAACACAUCAUCCAAGCAUCUGACAUCAGCCACACUAUGCAGCACUGGCAUGUGUACAGGAAAUGGAACCAGAAUCUGUUUGAGGAGCUCUAUGUGGCCUACUUGAAUGGCCGAAUGGACAAGGACCCCGCGACUUUCUGGUACAAAGGAGAGUUUGGAUUCUUUGACUUUUACAUUAUCCCCUUGACGAAGAAGCUGAAGGAGUGUGGUGUGUUUGGUGUGUCCUCUGGAGAGUUCCUCGACUAUGCCACCAAGAACAGAGAGAUUUGGGAACUUCGUGGUGAAGAGGCCGUGGCAGAGAUGAUAGCUGAAGCCAGGGAGAAGUAUGGAGUCAAGAAUGAGGAAACCUGCAAGGAAGCACCGGAGCAAGCCAUUCCACGCCCUCCUCCUGUUGAAAUUGAUGUCUAGAUCUGAAGUGCUGUCUUGCUCAGGACACCUCUUUCCUUUCCUCCUGGAUCUCUCUUCCUUGUCCUCCAAGUUUUUGUGUCUCCCUCCCGUCGGUUCGUCCAGGCUCUGUGAAACUGCUCCACGGGGGAGAUAGAUGUUUAGCUUUUUUAUGUGGAGUGAGUCGAGUCUGCACAGCUCAUCCGCUACCUUUUCUGGUUCCACUUUAGUCACUCCCUGGCUUCAGUUUGGCCUGUGAAGAAUCAUGUCAUCUCUAAAAGGUGCUCACAAUGGCGCAGGCGUAGUUUUUGUG